AUGGCGUCGAUAGCUCCCUCCCUCAAGCGGGCGCAUACCCCUCUCCGGAAAGCCCUCACCGCGGCUUCCACCGUUCGAGCUUUCGCCACUGUACCUCCGACAUCGAGCGAGCCCGCCAAGCCCAAGCGAAAGAGCUACUUCAAGGAUACUACGGUUGCUGAAUUCUCAGACUUCUUGGCCACCUCGUCGCCUGCGCAGCCGCUGUCGCCCGCAGAGGCAUUUACUCUUCGAACCGCCGAAGUCGGCCCCGAGGGCAAGAAACGGACGAUUACGAGAUUGCCAGAGUGGCUCAAGACGCCCAUUCCUGCUGGAAACGAUAACUUCAAGAGCAUUAAGAAGGAUCUGCGAGGAUUGGGACUGCAUACAGUCUGCGAGGAAGCUCGAUGUCCCAACAUUUCCGAGUGCUGGGGUGGUUCCGAUAAGAAUGCCGCCACUGCGACUAUCAUGCUCAUGGGUGACACGUGCACCAGAGGAUGCCGCUUCUGCAGUGUCAAGACGAAUCGAAAGCCCGCCGCAUUGGAUCCUCACGAACCCGAGAACACCGCGGAAGCUCUGGCUAGGUGGGGUCUUGGAUAUGUUGUCUUGACCAGUGUGGACCGAGAUGAUCUGGCAGACGGCGGAGCACACCACUUCGCCGAGACGAUCCGGAGGAUUAAGCAGAAGAAGCCGUCUCUGCUUGUUGAGGCUCUGACUGGCGAUUUCCGUGGUGAUCUUGAUAUGGUAAAGGUUGUGGCCGAGAGUGGACUCGAUGUCUACGCCCACAACGUUGAGACCGUCGAGGACCUCACCCCAUACGUGCGAGAUCGCAGGGCCACUUUCCGACAGAGCUUGAGCGUACUGAAGCAUGUCAAGGAAGUCAAGGGCAAGGAGGGUAUCAUCACCAAGACCAGUCUGAUGCUCGGUCUCGGAGAGCAAGAGCACGAGGUCAUGGCCGCGCUUGAGGAACUUCGCAAGGCCGAUGUCGAUGUCGUCACUUUUGGCCAGUACAUGCGACCAACCAAGCGCCACCUCAAGGUCGAAAAGUACGUCACCCCUGACGAGUUUGAGAUGUGGAACAAGAGGGCGCUGGACAUGGGCUUCCUGUACUGCGCCAGCGGACCUCUGGUGCGCUCCUCUUACAAGGCCGGAGAGGCCUUUAUCGAGAACGUCCUCCGCAAGCGCUCGGGCGAGAAGGCCAUGGCCAGGGGAACCCUUGCCAAGGCUAUUGCACUGGACUCGGAGACUCGAUCGUCCAUCUAG